AUGACUUUAUAUUAUGGUGUACAGAUCCAAGUCGUUCCAAGAAGUUCCAAGUCGCACGCAUCAUGUCACACGUCAAUUUUUUUUUGCAACUUGCGUCGUAACAAAUCCAACAGGGCGUCCUCACGCGAUCGUCGGCGAAGGGAAGCUUUCGCAAUAAUAUGCUUGAAUCUGGCGCUAAAAGAAGAAGAAAAACCAAAAAGAGCAAAGAAAACGUGGAUCCGCCCUUGGAUGGCGAGAAGAGAAGAGCGAGACUGCUAUCAUCAGCUGGUCGCCGAGCUAGAACUAGAAGAUGAGGCAGCUUAUUUUGAUUAUUUUCGUAUGGAUAAGCGGCGAUUUCAUUUUCUGGUAGAUGCAGUGGACCAUAAAAUUAGAAGAAAUGACACUAAGUAUGAGGUCAAGCAUCAAACCGAGAGAAAGAAUGGCGGUAACCCUGAGGUAUCUGGCCACUGGGGAAAGCUUCAAGUCCCUCCAAUUCCAGAUCCGAAUCAGCCGGACAGCAAUAUCGGCCAUAAUUAUUUACGAGGUAAUGCAGUCCGAUCUCAUGAAAAUUCCAAACUCAAGAGAAAAUUGAAUGGAUAUUGCCAACACCUUUGAAAGUCGGUGGAACUUCCCCAAUGGGAUCGGUGCCGUUGAUGGAAAGCGAAUAGCUAUGAAACAGCCAGAGAAUAGUGGUUCUCAUUAUUAUGACUACAAGGGCAACAACAUUGUGAUUCUAAUGGCAGCCGUAGGACCAAGAUAUGAGAUACUGUGGGCAGAUGUUGGGGUCAAUGGUAGAGCAUCUGAUGGAACUGUGUGGAAUAAGUGCAGUGUGAAGAAUGCACUGGCAUCAAAUAAGAACCCCUUGCAGG